AAACUCCCUCACCUGGUCCCACUUGUCUUGGAAAUUACCUAAUUUCUUGGUAAAUAUGCGAUCCAAUUUGUUUUCCGGCGCCUCACGGCUCUUGAAAUACAGCCGGAAUGGAAAACUUCUGACUCGAGCAAGGAGCACCAAGGUCACCUCGAGCAGUUUGGAUUCGCAGAACCAGGAUGCAGCCGCCACGGAAGGAGGAAAAUCAGAAUCCGUGGAGGAAUCUCCAGAGCAGCAACAAAAGCUGCCCACCAGAGAGCCGCUGGCCAAAAAUUUCUUCGUUGGUGUCGUUGACAAGGAGCUGCUUGCCUAUCCGGAGGUGAUACCUCGUGAUGAGAUGGCCCAGCUGCAGAAUUCUCUCCUCCCUCUGAAAAAUUACUUUGAGGAGCCGCGAGAAGGGGAGGAGAAGACCUCCCCGGAGACUCUCCGACAGUUGGGACUGUAUGGUCUGAAUGCUCCCACGGAUUACGACGGCAAAGGAUAUGGCUGGAGUGCCAGUCUGAUGGCCAGUGAACCAGAUUCCACAGAUCUUAAUGUUACCCUAGGAUUACAAGGUCAUCGCGUGGUUGUGGAUCUUCUGAAGGAAGUCGGGACUCCAUUGCAACAGCAGAGAUAUCUCCAGGAUUUAUCUACUGGUAAACUGAUAGGCACUGAAGCUAUCUAUGAGUUGACCCCACCGGAGGAGGAUUACUUCAGCACCCAGGCGGAGUUGCACCCCGAAUCCGGAAAGUGGCUUCUCAAUGGCGAAAAAUCCUACGUGGUCUGUACUCCGGGGGAACGACAGCUAUUCCUAGUACUCGCUCAAACCCAGCAGCCUAAUGUCCCGGGACCGUUGGGACGUGGCACCACCAUCUUCCUGGUGGAUUCCCAACAGGAAGGUGUUCGUCUGGGCGAGAAACAUGCCACUUUCGGUUGCCGCGGAGCGGAAAUCAGACGUGUGCACUUCGACAAAGUGAAAUUGGGUGAGGAUCAGGUGGUGGGCUUACCCCACGAUGGCAAUCGGUACUCCGAGCAGCUAGUCCGAUCCUCCAGGCUGAGGGGCAGCUUGGUGGGCGUGUCGUUGGCCAAGAAACUGCUUAAUAAACUGGCCCAGUACACGGUGACCACCACUCAGUGUGGAGUGCAACUGAAAGACCUGGAGCUAACCCGUGUCCACCUUUCCCGAGCCAUGUGUUCCAUCUACGCAAUGGAGAGCAUGAUCUACAUGACAGCCGGCCUACUGGACGAGUUCCGUGCCCAGGAUGUGACCUUAGAGAGUGCCAUCACCAAGUACUUUACUCUACGGCAGCUGUACGAGAUUGCUUCCCAAAAUCUUGGCCUAGUGGGACCUAAAAGUCUGCUUAGUGGCGAGGCCACAGAGCAGGGACUACGGGAUGCAGCUCAGUUGUGCACGCAGGGUGAAUCUCUUGAUACCCUGGGGAUGUUCAUUGCCCUGACUGGAUUGCAACAUGCGGGGCAAUCCAUGAACGCAGGCGUACGAAAGUCCCGGAAUCCCCUCUUCAAUCCUGGUCACAUUUUCGGCAAGUUCCUGGACACCAACAGCAUCGAUAGUCCCAAGACCAAGAUGCAGCUAUCGGAGCAUGUGCAUCCAACAUUGGAAGGGGCAUCCCAGUGCAUUGAGCACUCCGUAGCCCGCCUACAAAUGGCUGUGGAGCUGAUGUUCACCCGUCAUGGAAAUGCCGUGGUGGAGAAGCAAAGUGAAAUGCAACGUUUGGCGGAAGUGGGAACAAUUAUCUUUGCCAUGUGGGCGAGCGUUUCGAGGGCAUCGCGGUCCUAUUGCAUUGGCCUGCCCUUGGCGGAUCAUGAAAUGCUAACUGCUACAGCGAUUUGUUCGGAGGGCAGGGAUCGUGUCCACACUCUUUGCACUCAGAUCUUUGGCGGUAAUUUCGUAAAUAAUGAUAACAAUCUGCUGAGACUCUCCAAGCAACUGACCAAGAGCAAGGGCUACUUCCCCGUCCAUCCGCUCACCUUUAACUUCUAAGCCUGGCUUAGGUAGCUAAGUUUAUUAUUGCCUUUAACAUUAAAGUAAAUAAUUGUUAUUGAUAA